AAUUAAUGAACAAUGCAGUAUCUGAAAAAAAUUUUUCACGUUAUAAACAAAUCUCAGUAUGUACUGAAGAGGAAAAAAGAAUUUAAUAUAUUAAAUGUUAUUCGGCGAUAUAAAUCUGAUUUUGAUGUAGAAUAUGAGGGAUAUGAAGAAAAUGAUGAAGAAAAAAGUACUUAUAUGGAGUUAUCUGAAAAUUGUUUAGGGUCUCUUAUCGAUGAUAAUAGAGUAUUUGUUAUACAGCCAUAUAUAAAAUGGGGUAGAGAUAAGAAAAGAAAUACAACACCUGAAUUACAAUUAGCAGAGGCAAUAGCACUGAUCAAUACUUUACCAAAUUGGAGAGUUGUUGGUGAGAAGCUUGUUCCAUUACUCAGUUUACAAAGAAAACAAUUAGUUGGUUCAGGGGCUCUUGAUACUCUGAAGAAGGAAAUCAGAAAUUGUAUACAUGUUAGAUCAAUAUUUGUUAGUACAAAUUUAUUAAAAUUUAUACAAAUUUCUGAGCUACAGAAAGCUUUUGACUUGCCAGUUUAUGACCGGUACUCUAUAGUUAUUCAUAUUUUCCGACAACAUGCACAUACUCCAGAAGCAAAACUGCAAGUAGCCUUAGCAGAACUGCCAUAUAUAAGAAAGAAAAUGAUUGAUUUUACUACUUAUCGUAUGGGCAGGAUAAAUUUAGAUGAGAGAAAAAGAAAAAUACUUCAAGAUAGAGAAAAGAAAUUGAGAAAUGCCUUGGAUAAACUGAAACAACAUAGAGAAUUGAAGAAAACAAAUAGAAAUAAUUAUGGUUUUCCAAGCAUAGCUGUUGUUGGGUACACAAAUGCAGGAAAAACAUCUCUGAUAAAAGCAUUAACAGGAGAUGCACGUUUGCAACCUGAAAAUAAAUUAUUUGCUACUUUGGACACCACAGUACAUCAAGGAUUCUUAUCCAAUAAAUUAAAAGUAUUAUACGUCGAUACAAUCGGAUUUAUUCAGGAUGUACCAGAAACUUUAAUAGAACCAUUCACAGUAACGUUACGAGAUGCUAUAAAUGCAGAUAUUUUGAUACAUAUAUUUGAUAUAAGUCAUCCUGAUAUUCAAGCACAAAUUCAGCAUGUUCAGAAAACAAUAAGACCAAUGAUAGAGGAAAAUAAGGUGAUCAUUAAUGUUGCCAAUAAGUGUGACAUCAUUGAAAAGGGGAAUAUCGACGAAGAUAUUUUACCAGAAGAUACAUUCAUUGUUUCUUCUGUGAAAUCCACAGGAAUUGGCGAGUUACAGUCUAAAAUAGAGGAGGAAAUUAUGACUGCUGCUAAUUUGCUUAGGAGAAAAUUCAGGGUGAAAAUGGGUAGUCCAGAAGCAUCAUUGUUGUACAAAGAAACAGCGGUGAUGGAAUCUGAACCAGAUCCAAAAAACGUACAGUAUCUAAUAAUGGAUGUGGUUGUAACAACACCUGUAUUUUACAAAUUACAACGAAUAUUUAGACGAUGAAUUUCAUUAGCACUAAAUAAUUGAGUACUCAUCUAAUGUGAAAAGUUUCAAAAUAAAAUGUUAAUUUUUGACGAAAUGAAA